AUUAGAGAUAUUUAAAAUAUUUUGUAAUGAGUAGGUCCUGCUGGGCUGAAUAGCCUCAUUAUGUACAAGAUUUCUGAUAUUAUAUAUAACUUAGACACACUCAGGGUCAGUGUGUGUUCUUUACAAUCUCCAAUAUGCAAACUGAGUAAUCAGAGUCAUUAAGCCAUAUAUCUAUGGGAUGAAUAAGAGAAACUGUGAUCAAGGACACUCAUAAAGUCAAUAUGACACAGAGAUGAGGAUAGUUGUCAUGAACGCAAUAGAUGAUAGUAUCGUAAAUUAGCUCAAAGUUUGUUUCAAUAACCAACUGGGAAGAAGCAGUUGUGAUGAAAUGGAGAGGUAUAGCAUUAUCUGUGUGAGGGGAGCUAUUUCUGUUUGAUAUACACACUUGAUCAUCUGUCACACACUGAACACCUGGAGAGGUGGGCCGAGGGAGACUUCUGCUUUUUGCUUCUUGAGAAACUGCAAUGAAGAUGUUUGCUGACUGAAAGACUCCAACUUUAUCCUCUGCUGAUGUUUCCACGAUCUCCGUGAAACUAUCUUUCUACACAAGGUUCUCACACAACCUGAUAGCUGCCUGCACACACAGGACACCGGAUUACAGCCUGAGGAUUUAGAUUCCCCAUUUCCAACUGGGCCACUUUCAUGGCGAUGACCAUGAGCUGUGGAGAUACCACUGUGCACCCUGAGGUUGACCGAAUCCUCAGUCUGUUCCAAGUGAGCAAGGAGCAGCUACAUCUGGUGAUGCACAGGCUGAGGGAGGAAAUGGAGAGAGGCCUGAGCAGAAACACUUACCAGGAGGCAUCGGUCCGCAUGUUGCCCACCUUCAUACGCUCACUGCCUGCUGGUAAAGUAAAUGGCAGCUUCCUGGCCUUGGACCUUGGUGGCACUAAUUUUCGAGUCUUACUGGUGAGGUUUGGUUCUGCAUGUGAAGAUGCUGAGCACAUGGUGUCUGAGAGUUACAGAAUCCCCCACAAACUGAUGCAGGCUUCGGGACAGCAGCUCUUUGAUUACAUUGUGGACUGUAUCAUAAAGUUCCUGUCAAACCGAAACAUCAAGGAGCCUCCUCCUCUGGGAUUCACUUUCUCCUUCCCCUACCAACAGACUGGCCUAGAUCAGGGGAUCCUGCUAAACUGGACCAAGGGAUUCGAUAUUCCAGACUGUGUAGGAAAGGAUGUUGUACAGCUGUUGCGAGAAGCUAUUCAACGUCGGCAGUGUGCUUUGCAGGAAUUCGACCUGGAUGUAGCUGUCAUUAUAAAUGAUACUGUUGGGACACUGAUGUCAUGUGCUUAUGAGGAUCCAAAGUGUGAAAUUGGUCUCAUUGUAGGGACUGGCACCAACAUGUGUUACAUGGAGCAGAUGAGGAACAUUGACAAAUUGGAUGGUGAUGAUGGAUUCAUGUGCAUAAAUGCAGAUUGGGGAGCAUUCGGAGACAGUGCGAGGAGACCACUUCAGGACAUUAAGAAUGAAUUUGACGAGCUGGCAGAUAAACGGUCUCAGCAUCCAGGACAGCAGACCUUUGAGAAGAUGAUCAGUGGGUUGCUCCUGGGUACGAUUGUUCAACAUAUUCUGUUGAAGCUCAAGGAGAAAGGAGUUAUCUUCUCGGGAAUCAAACAACAUCGACUCGAUCAUCACGGCCUCUUUGAAACAAAGUACCUGUCAGUGAUAGAAAGUGAUACUGAUGACCUGCUGAAUGUGAAAUCCAUUCUGGAAAAGUUUGAUCUAUCCUCUGGGAUUGAGGACCGCCGUUUGGUGCAGAAAGUUUGUGAGGCAGUCACGCAGAGAGCAGCUCGGCUGUGUGCGGCUGGGCUCGCUACUGUGCUUGAGAAAAUGAGGGAAGCCCAGCAACAGGAUCACAUGAUGACCGUCGGGGUGGAGGGGUCCUUGUACAGACUACAUCCUCAUUUUUCCAGGAUUCUUGAGGACACAGUGAAGGAUUUGGCUCCACAGUGUCAAGUGUCUUUCCGACAUUCAAAAGAUGGCUCAGGGAGGGGGGCAGCUGUAGUUGCUGCCAUGAACAGGUGCUAAAUACCAUGGCAACAUAGAAAUAUUCCAGCCUGUGGAACACAGUCACACUGUAACACAACACACACUGUGCAGUCUGUGACACGCGGUCACCCAGUAACACAGGCACACACUGCAGUCUGUGACACGCGGUCACCCAGUAACACAGACACACACUGCAGUGUGUGACACGCAGUCACCCAGUAACACAGGCACACACUGCAGUCUGUGACACGCGGUCACCCAGUAACACAGGCACACACUGCAGUCUGUGACACGCAGUCACCCAGUAACACAGGCACACACUGCAGUCUGUGACACGCAGUCACCCAGUAACACAGGCACACACUGCAGUCUGUGACACGCAGUCACCCAGUAACACAGGCAUACACUGCAGUCUGUGACACACAGUCACCUAGUAACAUACAGUCAUCCAGUAACACAGACGUUCAUUCCAGUCUAUGAGAGAUAGUUACCCAGGAACACAGACGUUCAUUGCAGUCUGUGACAGAUAGUCAACCUGUGACACAGACAUUCAUGCCAGUCUGUGACUGUCUGAAAAAUAUGUUGCUGGAAAAGCAUAGCAGGUCAGGCAGCAUCCAAGGAGCAGGAGAAUCGACGUUUUAGGCAUAUGCCCUUCUUCAGGAACCUCACUUUCUCCCUGUGACAGAUAGUCACCCAAUAACACAGACAUUUAUUCCAGUCUGUGACAGAUAGUCACCCAGUAACACAGCACACUGUAGUCUGUGACACACAGUCACACUGCAAUGUAGACACACAGUCAGACUGUAAUGCAGACACACACUGCAGUCUGUGUCACACAGACCGACUUUUUAACACAGAUUGUUUCCAGUUUGUGAGAGACAGUCUAACUCUAAGAUGCAAGCACAUAUUACAAGUAUUUGGAAUCAGUAUCAGUGGAGCAAGACUUGAGAAAUGAACUGAGAGCUACUGUAUGAUCCACAGAGAUUUCACAACCAGCAAUGU